GAGCCGCGGCCUCUCUGAGCGCCCAACCGCCGGGCCGGGCCUGGAGUUGAGCUUGCACUGAACCUGCGGCCGGAUACCAAGAUGCCCGGCGAACAGCAGACCGAGGAGGAGGAGGAGAAGGAGAUGCAGGAGGAGAUGGUGCUGCUGGUGAAGGGUGAGGAGGAGGAGGGCGAGGCGAAGUAUGAGGUGGUGAAACUCAAGAUCCCCAUGGACAACAAGGAGGUCCGGAGCCAGGCGCCACCGCCGCCCGCCGACCCUGCGCGCCCACAUGCGUGCCCAGACUGCGGCCGCGCUUUUGCGCGCAGGUCCACGCUAGCCAAGCAUUUGCGCACGCACACGGGCGAGCGGCCCUUCGAAUGCCCCGAGUGCGGCCGGGGCUUCUCGCAGAAGUCGGCGCUGACCAAACACAGCCGCACACACACUGGCGAGCGCUCGCACUUCAUCCGCCACCGUCGCGCGCACAUGCUGCGCCGUCUCUACAUCUGUGUUGUCUGUGGCCGAGACUUCAAGCUACCGCCUGGCGCCAAGGCCACCACUGCCACUGAGCGCUGCCCAGAGUGCGAGGCUAGAUGA